CCUCCAUCCACCUCGCAGUCGGCUUGGCCAACAUUACACCCAUCGUUGGCCACACAGUCUCAGGGCGUCUCCACGGCUUCACUACUUUUGUGGCCUAUGCCUUCCUCAUAAUCCUCAUUUCGGGCUUCACCACGGGCCUCACCGGGUGAAGAUGGCAUCCGCCGGACCCUCCACCGACAGCCCAGCGCUCAAGGCCAGCGCGGCAGGCACCCCAGAUGGCGCGCCAACACCCACAGCUGGUCCAUCGGGGAAGUCUGCAGGCCCCGACAUUCGGCAAUUAGCAGCUCGGCUGACCGACACCAAGAAUGAGACCAAAGCGAGACUGCAGGCUGCCAUAGAGCUCAAGGAGGCAACGGAAUCAGCAGCAGCCGCAGAUGCAGUAGCUUUUUUGGAAGCAUUCAUUCCUGCGACUAUCUCAGCUCUGGCCAGCGUACCAUGCUCUUUGCAGCCAGACAGUCAUGAGCAGAGGCUACGGCACCUGCUUUUGGAAACGCUUCAUCGUCUGCCGGGCAUCGAACGAGCGAGGGCUCAAUGCAAACCUCUACUCCGCUGCAUGAUGGCAGUCAUGCAGGACGACAACGAAGAAAAUGCAGGUCUCGCGCUCAAGGUGAUCAUUGAUCUGUACAGAGCCUUGAAGACUGAACUCGAGUCAGAGGUCGCACCUUUCCUCAAAGUCGUCGCCGAGUUGUACAAGUGCAUGAAGUCGACGGUUGCUCAGGCGUUCGAUCCAGAGUCGUCUGCGAGCGAUAGCACUGGUGGAUCAAUGAACAAGCAAGAAGGUCCUGCGGUAGACUCCCCAAUGGGUGCGCCUUCUCCUGCAGCAGAAUCGCAGGCUGCCAGCAUGACAGGCAGCGAAUUUGGUCCAGGCACCGGCACAUCUAGCGCUCACGCCAACGCUCAGCCCAAAAUGCUCGUCAAAAGCAGCAGCAGCUUCAAAGUGCUCACGGAGUGUCCAAUCGCCAUCGUUCUCAUCCUUCAAACAUUUCGGUCAACUGUCGCUAGCGCAAUUCGGCUCUUCGUUCCACUCAUUAUCGAGGACUGCUUGCGGCUAGAGGCGCCACAGCAGCGAGAUGCUAGGCUAGCUGCCAAAGCCAAAGGUGAAGUGCUCGUAGGUGCUGUGCCAGGCAUUCAAAAUCCUGCCCUGUAUGCAGAUUUCAUGAGCACGCAGGUCAAGAUGAUGUCGUUCUUGGCAUACGUGACAAAAGGAACUGCCGAUGCCAUGAGACCGUACGCCGAGGAGUUCCCGAUCAUUGCGGUACGACUCUUGCAAGAUCUGCCUCCGGACGCCAGCCAGUCGCGCAAGGAAUUGCUCGUCGCUACACGUCACAUUCUGUCCACCGAGCUUCGCAGCGCGUUCAUCUCUCAGGUGGAUGUUCUGCUGGACGAACGAGUGAUGACUGGUACUGGCAUCACCUCGCGGGAGACUCUGAGACCUCUAGCAAUCAGCAUGUUGGCAGAUCUGGUGCACCAUGUCCGGCCGCAACUGAAUGCAAGUCAGAUAGCGCGAAUAGUCAAGAUACACAUCCGCUUCUUGCACGAUCCGACAUUAGCGCCGAGUAUCCAGACAAUGUGCGUCAAAUUGCUCUUGAAUUUGUCGGACCCAAGCGUCAUGCGCCACCCCGAGGAGAUCGGGCCCGUCCUCUCGACUAUUCUCGAGGCGCUCUUCGAAAAACUCGCCUCGCUGCCUCGUCUACGAGAGGAUCUUGAUCUCGCACGUCAAUACAAGGCAGAAGCGAAUGCGACGUCCACUGGUGCGAAUGAUGCCUCAGAAGACGCGCAUGGUCAGAGUGUCCAUGCGCAGCCGCCCAUCAUCGCGAUUGAGCGAGCAAAAGUCAUUGGAGCGGGCGUCAUGCUGCCCGACAUUGCUGGCGUCGAGGCCAUCAAAGACGCAAGAUUCCUCUUCCGUAAUCUUCUCAUGGGGUUCAAGUCACUGCUCCCAGCUCUCAGGAGGCGCAAGCUACCAGAACCGAGCGGGGAGAUGAUGGGUCGGCUCUUUGUCGAUGGAGUCAAAUGCUGGACCUUGUACGAGCAAACAGAAGGCAUGCCAGAUAAAGAGGUGAUGGAGCUUUUCACCAACAUCUUUCUAGAUCUGGACCCCGCCACCUUUCAUGAGGUGUUUUCGACGCAUAUGCCUUUCCUCUUUGAGCGCAUUCUGCUCAGCCCAAAUCUACUUGGGGUACCGCAAAGCCUCAUGUCGAACGAUGCUGUUUCAAAGCGCUUCGUAGCGAUUCUCUUCCAAUACCUCGUAAAUCGCCUCAGCGAGCUUGGUGACGCCGACAAGAAGACGGCCUCCGUGACGCUCCGGCUCUUCAAAAUGGCAUUCAUGGCGGUCACCAUAUUCCCAGAAGACAACGAAGCAGUCUUGCAACCUCAUCUUAGCCACAUCAUCAUGACCUCGAUGAAGCUGGCAAGCCAAGCUGUGGAGCCCGCGAACUACUUUCUGCUUCUGAGAGCGCUGUUCCGCAGCAUCGGCGGAGGGCGUUUUGAGCUGCUGUACAAGGACGUGCUGCCCUUGCUGCCAGUCCUUCUCGAAAAUCUGAACAACUUGCUCACAGCGGCCGAGCCGUCUCGAAGGGAGCUCUUUGUGGACUUGUGCUUAACUGUGCCGGUCCGUCUGAGCGUAUUGCUGCCCUACUUGGGUUACUUGAUGCGACCUCUGGUACUGGCGCUUCAGUCUUCCACCGAGCUCGUCAGUCAGGGUCUUCGAACCUUGGAGCUCUGCAUAGAUAACCUCACGCAGGAAUUCUUGGAUCCUAUCAUGGCGCCUUACCUGCAGGACAUCAUGGGCGCGCUGUGGAAGCACUUGCAACCGUUGCCGCACAACCAUCAGCACUCCCAUACUACAAUGCGCAUACUCGGAAAGAUGGGCGGCAGAAAUCGACGCUUGCUCCAACAGCCUCCGCGUCUGAACUACAAGGAUCACCAGCAAAUGACUUUCGCGGUCUGUUUCGACGACAAAGCGCAGAGCAUGGAGCUCGUGCCUCUUGUCGAACUCGCUCUCGCUGGGAUGGCUCGGACGGAACAUUAUUACCGCAAGCACGCUUUUGAGCUGCUUCGGCAUGCUGCGGCUCUGUUCAUAGACGGUGUGCUAUCCAAUGCUGGUGGCGAGCGAGAGAAGUGCUUCGAGAGCAUUGUCAAGGCUUUAUUUCAGGCUACGUACUGCGAGCCUGACCGGCAGGAGCUGGAAGGUGCCACAAACUACUUGCUUGGCCUUUCGAAACACAUCUUUGCACUGGAGACACGACGCGACACGUCUGUCACAAGACAACCGAGCUCGUUGAUGGUCUGCUUCAUGCAAGGAGUUGCUCAAGCUCUGGCUGCGAACGACAAUGAAGCGGCUGAUAGGACCGCGAUCGCCAACUUGGAGCUCCAAAUUAUUGCAACGGGCCGGCAGGCGUGCAUCGCAGCUUCGCGUCAAGAGCAAUGGACCACACUGAUGCACAGUCUUGCUUCCAAGCACUGCACGCUCUGCUACGAUCCGCUCUGGCAACGAAAGACGGGAGGCUGGCUCGCUAUUGAUAUGAUGGUCAGACGCGCCGAUCUAGGGACGCACUGGCUCCGUGAGCAUCAGCUUGAGAUCAUGCGAGCACUGCUGUACAUGCUCAAAGAUAUGCCUAGCGACCCGCCUGGCAACGUGGAUGCGGUCGGCGAGACGAUCCUCUUCGUCCUCAGAAUUGCGCAUGCUCGUGGAGCGACCGUCCGCGACGGCGCUGCAGCUGAGUCUGGCGCGAAGAACGCCAACGAGGCCAGCGCGGGAGAUGCGACGUCCGCGAAAGGCGACUUGACGGAGCCCAAAGACGCAACUGUACCAGCAUCCACUGAAAUUGGUGAUAAGGUCGACGAGAAGCCUCAGAACGUCUCUCUUGGCAAAGGAACGGACGUGUCGGGAGACAAGGCGCAGAGCACCGACGUACCUAAGAUCUCUUCGCGCUCCGCGGAAGAAGAUGCGAUGCAAGAGAGGCAAUUCACCUACUUGGUAGGAGUGCUGGUUCAAGAGCUUUCUAGCGCUAACAGUAAGGUCCGAGCCAUCGCGCGGGCUUCCUUCGAGCUGCUAGCAGAGCUUCGAGGUGCAAGUGUGACCUCAAUCCUUAUGCCAAUCAAGGAUCGCUUGUUGGUGCCAAUUUUCACCAAGCCCCUGCGCGCACUUCCUUUCGGCAUGCAGAUUGGGCACAUUGAUGCGAUUACCUUCUGCUUGAAACUCACUCCACCGCUGCCAGAGCCGAAUGAAGAGCUCUUCCGAGUUCUGACCGAAGCACUGGCGCUUGCAGAUGCAGAAGAUCAAGCGCUCGUUGGACGGGUAGCCCAAUACAAGAAUAUGCUUGCGGUCACUGAGCUGCGCGUCGUAGCCAUCCGUCUCCUGGCCUCGGCUAUGGCUUGUAACGACUUCCUGACAGCCAAACACAACCAGAUGCGCAUUCGCAUCAUCGCCGUGUACUUCAAAAGCCUCUACUCGCGCUCUCAAGCUGUCAUCGAUGAGGCUUAUCAUAGCCUGCAGGUCACCCUCGCGACGCAACCAAAGCUUCCUAAGGAUGUUUUGCAGAGCGGACUUCGUCCCAUCUUGAUGACACUUGCAGAUGCUUCUCGCUUGACAGUGGCUGGUCUCGAUGGGCUGGCUAGGCUACUCGAACUUCUCACGUCGUACUUCAAAGUGGAGAUCGGUUCUAAGCUGCUCGUCCACAUGGAGGGUUUGGCAGACCGCGAGGCUGUUGAACGUGCAAGUCGAGGCGCUCUUGAAGGUCCAAAGUAUGCAGACGCUCAUCAUUUGCUGCAGCCACCCCAACCGCGCGAGAGCGAGCGUAUCAGCGUACUUGCUGCCAUCGUUCGCAUCUUUCAUUUGUUACCGUCAGCAGCUAGUCAAUUCAUGGAGCAGCUGGUGCGACAAGUCUGCAGCAUCGAGGCGCUACUCCGACGAUCGGGACCCACGCCUUUCACGAAGCCGCUCGCUCAGUAUUUUGAGCGAUACCCUGCCCAAGCGUGCGACUGCAUGUUCAGCCGUCUUGAGGACGCAGCUUACGCCCGCUGCUUGCGGUUGGCGCUAGCAGAGGAGUGUGCUCCGGCACUGCGUCAGCAAAUCGAGACGGACAAAGCGACACGUUUGCUACCCCUUCUGAAACCAGACUCUGACCCACGACGCACUCUGGCCGCGUUGCACAUCGUUCGCGAGUUGGAGAAACAGUCAGAGGGCUGGAUCUGCGCCAACGAUGAUCUGAUAGCAGCCCUGCAAACGUAUUGGGCCUCUUCCCAACACGAGCAGCGUCGCAGCGAGGAAACAGGACCUCGUGACGACCGCAUAUCCGUUCAAAUUCUGGAAAUAUUCACGAAGUACCUGCGUCGCAAGCACAACACGGAUCUCUACUUCGCGAUUGCAAGCAUGCACACGCUCCAGGGUGCGGUUGACCUAAGCGACAUCACGCGCUUCGUGUAUGAUGCAUUGGCCGUCAAAGCGAGCGUCGCUGACAAGCGCGCGGUUCUGUCACGCUGCAUCGACGUCGCGGAGAAGCAAGACGCUCCGACGGCGUACAAGGUCGAGGUCAUGCGGCUUCUGGCCAACCCAAUUCUGGUCGUCGCAAGACGGUCCAUAGAUACGGAGUAUUCACCGGCCACUAGCGAAGCUGGUAGCGAGCCGUUUGAGCCGCUUUUCGAUGCCGCGCUGUUCACUCAGGUGGUGAAUCGCAUUUGGAAGCCUUUUCAACACAAGGGUGGUCCCAGCUUUUGCCCUGAGGAUGUUGUGAGGAUAGAGUUGAUACUUUUUUCUACCAUGGUCCUGGAGCACUCAGCAGGUCUCAUGUCCUCUCAACAAGGCGCUCGCAAGGACGCCAUCAUGUUUGGGUGGGCAAAUCUAGCCACCGAUGACGUGACAGUCAAGACCACGACCUACGUGUUCAUUUCCCGAUUUUUGGAGCUGUUUGACGCGCCAAUCAAGAUUGUCGCUCGAGUCUACUCGGGGCUGCUAAGCUUGCAUCACUCUGAAGGACGAGCGAUGGUUCGCAAGGCUCUCGACAUACUGCUACCUGCGUUGCCGAAGCGCGUGCCCAGUGCCGAACCCUCUCACUGGGCUAAAUGGACCAAGCGUCAGCUCGUUGAGGAAGGUAACAACGUCUCUCAGGCUUACCUCAUUUUCCAAUUGAUCAUCCGACAUUCCGAUCUUUUCUACGAGAACCGUGAAAUGUUCUUACCGCAUAUCGUUGGCAACCUCAACAAGCUCGGUCUUUCUCCCUCAGCUAACACCGAGACCCGAACUCUAGCCGUCGAGCUCGUGGACGUGGUCGCUCGAUGGGAACAAAAGAGGAUUGAGGCAGCCUCCUCAGUGAGGGAGAAAGCCCUGGACCCCGGUUCUUCCGAAAACGCGGCACCCUCCAAGCGAUCCGCUGACUUGCAGCUCUCCGAAGAAGCUUCAAGCCUGCCGGUCAAGCGUGCUCGCAUUGAUGACGCCGGGAAAGCCAUCGUCACGUCAUCUCCUGAACGGGACAGUUCCACCACACAAGAAGGAGUAGGCGUGCACGCAUACGUGCCUGCGCAAAGUAUGCGCGAGGCUAUCAUGGGCUUCCUGGUGCGCUUUGUGAGCCUGUCUCAGGAGGCAAUUGCCACGCGAGCGCCGACAUCCAAGGCCUUCGCGACUUUGAAGUCUUUGAUGGAACUGGAUAUUUGGUCAAGUUUGCCUGUGCGGCUCAGCCUGUUCCAGCGGUCUUUAGCUACAACGGAGGUCAAGGAGUCUACCGUCCCUAUCUUUGUCAACACCCUGCAAACGCUUCGUUUGGUCACGAAGCGCAGGGACAGAGAUUGGGUCAUCAGCAACCUAGCUAUGCUGCAUCGUCUGCUUGAGCGCAGUAUUGCCUCGGAUGACGUUAGUAUCCACGAAAAUUGUCGUGAUCUGCUGGAACAAAUAUUCGCGGUCUUGCCAGAGCCUGUCGCGGGGGAUGAGGACGCGGAAGGAGAUGAAGAGGACGAUGUCAUGGUGGAUGCUCCAUCAUCGCCAGAACAGGACAAGAAAAAGGGGGCGCUACCAGGUCAGCCAGAUGAGGCGGCGUUGGAUUUCCGGAAAUACGCCGAGACCACAAUUUCAGAAGGGCUGCGGAACCAGACCAGUCUGUGCGCCGCUUUGACUAUGCUCUCCGCUUGGUCGAGCGUCGCGGUUGAGAAGAUCGAUGAUUUCCUAGCGCCUCUGACAAAGGCACUCACAAAGCUGACCAAAGAUCACUUGGGUCUGGCAACUUCACAGCAACCAGCAGGCACUUCUUCGCAAACGAGUCCUCCAUCCGAAAGCGAUCCGAAGCUUUUGAUGAUGGUCCUAGACCUGUUGAAGUUACGGAUCUCGAAUCUUGGCGAACAGCGGCGCUGGUUCCUUUCCGCCGUCGUGCAGCUGAUAGAGAAGUCAUCAAGCUUAGAUUUGUGCCGCUUCCUGCUCGCUAUGAUGCGACGCUGGAUUCUCGAGCAGAACGAAGGAUUCCCUACUGUCAAAGAAAAAGCCGGCAUUUUGGUCAAGAUGAUGAGCUUCGAGCAACGAGACGAGGCACUGCUUCGCGACUUCUUGGAUCUCAUCCACGCUAUCUACACCAAACCAUCUUUUGCUCGUACGGAACUUACUGUUCGACUCGAGAAUGCAUUCCUCAUGGGAUGCCGUCAACGGGAUCCGAUUCUACGUCAAAAAUUCAUUGACAUCUUCGACUCGACGCUCGUGAGGUCCCUAGCUGGCCGGCUCACUUACUUGCUUGGCACUCAAAGCUGGGAGUAUUUGGCCGAUCAGUACUGGAUUCAGCAGGUGCUCGAUCUAUCGCUGGGUGCCAUCGCCGCGGACAAAUCUCUGAUCAGGCAGCGCAUCGUCGGUGGCAACCCAGAUUUCACGCCUACUUUGCGAGCCAUGACCACCGGCGGCUUAAUGCAAGCGGUCAGGCCUCUGCUGUACAUCGACUCCGAAUGCACGCACAGGAUUUGGGUAGCUUUCUUUGGAACCGCUUGGCAGGCACUGGCGCGCAAAUCACAGGAAGAUUUGACCAGAAGUCUCGUAGGCACACUGACUCGCGAGCACAAUCUGCGCCAGGUGAGCAGGCGUCCCAAUGUGAUACAGACUCUAUUAAAUGGCGCUGUUGUCUGCACUCCAAGGCCAGAGCUACCACCACAAGUGGUGAAGUAUUUGGGGAAGACUUUUGCAGCCUGGCACACCGCGAUGGAGCUUCUUCAGGACCUGCUGGCAUCUUUGCCGCGUGAAGAUGACUCGAUACGAGAAGCCUGCCAGGAUGCUUUGUCCGAGCUCUACGCCGAACUUUCCGAAGACGAUCUCUUUUACGGCCUUUGGCGCAGGCGCUGCGUCUACGCAGAAACGAACGCAGCCAUCUCGUACGAGCAGACUGGCAUGUGGGCCCAAGCCCAAAUCAUGUACGAGACAGCACAAGCAAAGGCGCGGACCGGCGUACUAACAUUCACUGAAGCGGAGUACAGUCUCUGGGAGGACCAUUGGGUCAUCUGCGCUCAGAAGCUUCAACAGUGGGACAUCUUGACGGACUUGGCCAAGCUAGAGGGCAACAACGACUUGUUACUCGAGUGCGCGUGGCGCCUUUCCGAUUGGGUCAACGAUCGCGAAGUGUUGGAACAAGCCUUAGACAACUUGAGUGCGACCUCGACGCCAAGAAGACGAGUCUUUGCAGCGUACAUGGCGCUUCUGAAGUCGCAAGGUAGCUCGGAAAAGCCUACAGAAUUUGGUCGUAUCUGCGACGAGGCGAUCCAGCUCACCUUGCGGAAAUGGCAUUCGCUGCCGACUUCGGUAACACAAGCUCACGUACCACUGCUUCAAAUCUUCCAGCAGCUAGUCGAAUUGCAGGAAGCAAGUUCAAUUUUCAAUUCGCUCUCAGGCACCAAUGCGGGCAACCUAGACCCAAAAUCACAAGAGCUCAAACAACUGAUGCAGACUUGGCGCGAACGCUUGCCAAAUCGAUGGGACGACAUCAAUGCCUGGUCUGAUCUGGUGGCAUGGCGUCAACAUGUCUUCAGUGCCGUCAACAAGGCGUACUUACCGCUUGUACCGCAGCUCCAGCAGAAUGGUGCAGCAAGCUCAAGCACCAAUUCUUACGCCUAUCGAGGCUAUCACGAGACCGCCUGGAUCGUGAACCGCUUCGCCCACGUGGCGCGCAAGCAUCAGCUCAAUGACGUCUGCAUUUCAAGCUUGACCAAGAUCUACCAACUCCCAAACAUUGAAAUCCAGGAGGCGUUCCUGAAACUACGAGAGCAAGCCAAGUGUCAUUAUCGCAAUCCGGCAGAACUGCACCAAGGCUUGGAGGUCAUCAACAACACCAAUCUGAUGUUCUUCGCGGCUCCACAGAAAGCCGAGUUUUUCACUCUAAAAGGAAUGUUCAUGGCGAAGCUCAAUUUGCUGGACGACGCGAACCACGCGUUUGCGACCGCCAUCCAAAUGGAUUUGAAUCUCGCGAAGGCUUGGACAGAGUGGGGCAGAUACAAUGACCGCAUGUUCCGCGACAAGCCGCAGCAUAUGGGCCCCGCCAGCAGCGCUGUCAGCUGCUACCUACAAGCAGCUGGCCUUUACAAAAGCGCGAAAGUUCGGAAAAUCCUCAUUCGCAUCCUUUGGCUACUCAGUUGUGACGACAGUACGGGCAGCGUUGCUCAAGCCUUUGAGGGCUACCGAGGAGAAGCUCCUGUGUGGUAUUGGAUCACGUUCAUUCCGCAGCUGCUGCAAGGGUUGCAACACCGCGAGGCCAAGUACGCAAGACGCCUUCUCAUGCAGAUCGCCAAGACCUUCCCACAGUCGCUUUACUUCUUCCUGAGGACUGCGCGUGAAGACUAUGCGCCGGUCAAGCGGCAGGUGCUUGUGGCUGCCCAACGCGCCGCUCAAGCACAGCAACUCCGCGUGUCCCAACAGCAGCAGCAGGGUGCAAGAGGUCCUGAAACCGCUUCUGGCUCUGCUGAGUCAGCAAAUGCACUCCCGCUCGACGGUGGUUCGAGCUCUCAGGCUGAAAGGAAGGAUGGUGGGAAGCCCGAAAAUGUCGACGUUGGUCCCAAAGAUGGCGUCGCACAAGACAGGGUCGAUCCAAAGACAGGAAGCCCUACAUCGUCAGCGCCAAUGGCGACUUCCUUGGGCGAUGAAUCCGGCAAGAUCACGGCAGCGAAGCCAGAAGGACAGUCAGCCGCAGACGGAGCUGGACCUUCGGCAUCAGCCGCUCCCAGCGCCCCAGGACACACAUCCGACACGAAUGGCGCGCCCGAUCAAGCAGUCAAAGUAGCCACCACGGGCGCAGAUGCGCCAAACAAACCUCAAUCCGGUGCCCAGGGCGAUGACACUUCCGCGACCUCCCAUCCAGUCGGUGGCAACGAUGCCAAGACGAAUUCAAAACAAACAUCUGGAAAUGAUGGUCCUUCGUCGUCAUCGGCUCAGAGCCCUAACGGCCACGGCUCGCCUCCGGGACCUCAAAAUGGGUUGGCAUCUUCAGGCACGCCGGGCGCCGCCGCCGCCGCUCGUCAGCCAUGGGACUACAUUGAUGAGAUUCUGCAGAUUCUCAAGACCGGUUUCCCACUCCUCGCGCUGACGUUGGAAAAUACCGCAGAGCAAAUUGGUCAACGCUUCAAGCCAGGCACUGAAGAGGACAUUUAUCGGCUGAUCAACGCCCUAUUGAACGAUGCAUUGCAACAAUAUGUUGGUCGGGCAAGCAUUCCUAGCGAUCCAGGUCUGCUACCGCAGGCUUCCAUGGCAAACGUCAUGCGCUUUGCCGACAGCCUACCUCAAGGUCCUCUGAAAAAUGAGUUUGAGGAAGACUUCGUGCGAAGCAAGCCAAAUUUGCGUCAAUACGUCCAGCGUCUCCAGCGAUGGCGUGACAAUUACGAAGUGCGCUUGGAUCGUCGCACUUCGCUUCAGCAUCUCGAACAUUGCUCACAUUAUCUCGUCGAGUUCCAACAUCAGCGAUUUGAUGAAGUUGAGAUGCCUGGGCAAUAUUUGCGUUUGGAAGACAAUAAUUCCGAUUUUGCGAAGAUCACCCGCUUUGUACCCACCUUCGAGCUCACCAGGUCGUCGGGUAUCUGCACGAGGCGCAUUUCAAUCUUCAGCAACAAAGGCAAUACGCAUUCCUUUGCAGUACAAUUGCCAUCGGCCCGGUACUGCAGACGCGAAGAGCGAAUACUGCAGCUCCUUCGAUUGCUCAACCGUGUGCUAGAACGCCGCAUCGAGAGCCGCAAACGCGGCUUGACCUUCACGACCCCAGUCGCGAUCCCGCUUUCGCCACAAUUGCGGUUGGUCGAGAGCGACGCCAGCUUCGUCAGCUUGCAAGAUGUGUUCGAGAGACACUGCGAAGAGGUAGGAAUCAGCAAGGAAGACCCGAUCACCAUGUGGGUGGAGAAGAUGCGAAGUGUGUCCGAUGCCAACAGACACCUGGUCCAUCUCUCCAACCUUCGCAUGGACUUACUGGACGAGAUUAGUACCAAAAUGGUGCCCGACACGGUCUUGACCCGCUUCAUCACGCGGUCAAUGUCGUCGCCCUCGGAUUUGUGGCUAUUGCGCAAGCAAUUCACUCUUCAAAUGGCUUCGACGAUGUUUUUGACGUAUGCACUUUUUAUCUCGGCGCGUGGACCCCCGCGAAUUUCCUUCUCUCGAAAUUCCGGCGUGGUGUCCAUGUCCGAUGUGGUUCCGACUUUCAGCCCAACGCAGCCGCAAUUCAAAUCCAAUGACCCUACGCCCUUCCGAUUGACGCCAAAUCUACAAAACUUCAUCACGCCAACUGGAGUUGAGGGAAUUCUGGCGUCGUCCCUGACCGCCAUUGGCAGGUGCUUGUCGGAGCCGGAACGCGACCUCGAGGAAUAUCUCAGCAUCUUUGUUCGUGACGAGAUCACUUUCUGGUUGCAAACCUCGCAGCGCAAUCCUCCUGGAGUCUUUGUUGAAGCGCCUCGAGACAUCAUCUACCCCAAUAUCCUGGACAUGGUGAAGCGGGCACGACUCAUGUCUUGUGAUUACGAAGCGAGCAAGCCCCAUCCCUCGACCGUGCCAGUCUCUCAGACCGUUCUCGACCUCAUCAACUCUGCCACCAACAGUGGCAAACUCGCUUUGCAAGAGCCGACUUGGCACCCAUGGCUCUAGAUGUGCGAUUUCCAAUCGGAAAGAAUAUGCGCCCUUCAAAUCUUGCCUUUGUAUACGUACUGUAGACUCCGCUGGCUUGGUGAAUGUCAUAGCAUCGCAUGAGUGCU